AUGCCGAACAUCGACUACUCGAAGCCACUUGCUACUCUUCUUAGAGAAAGCACCCAUGAAGCUCAUGACCAGGUUGCUAUGAGCCAAGGUGCAAAGCUUCUGCUUAGUGGCGGAUUGUCUAAGGAGGACUAUACUCGCGUACUCGAACGGGCGCUGGAGCGCCAUGCUACCAAUCAAUCUCUUGAGCCGACACACAAUCCGGCUCUUCUAGCUCGGGCACCUUCAUUGUCUGCCGACAUCUCGCACCUCCUUCAAGUCGAUGAGGGCUCAUGGAAAGACCACCCCAUUCAUGUACAACUUCUCUCUGCAUCCCUUUCCCCCCUGGACGCGUACUUGAGGCGCUUAGAGGAGCUGUCAAAGUCAAGUGACCCAUCUGCCCUUUUGGCGCACUCGUACGUAAGGUACCUCGGGGAUCUGAGUGGUGGCCAGGUUAUUCGCCACACUCUGGCAAAAGCGUACGGUCUUGAUGAAAGUACCGGAUUAGGCCUAUCUUUCUACGCUUUCAAGGAAUUGCGGUCAUCGAAGCCUGCUAAUCAGGGAGAAAUGAAGCGGAUCAAGGAGUGGUUCCGAGAAGGGAUGAACACUGCUGGUGAACGUGGCGUUGAGAUCAAAACCGCUGUUGUAGAGGAGGCAAAUACAGCCUUCAAGCUCAAUGCAGGGCUCUUUGAACUUCUCGACCGAGACUGGAAAGUGGAGUCAAUAGAGAAGGCCAAGACACAUGUCGUCUUCGACGCCACACAGCCAACAGAGAAGGCAUAUCCCCUCUCAACAGUUGUCGCUGUUAUCGCUGCUGUCUGCCUUUCCCACUUUGUACUUACCGUUGGAGGGUUCACGGGCGACAAGGGAUAUGAGAAACUUCUGUCCAUCGAGCAAUGGUUUGCUUCAAUAUGGCAGCAGACCUCUCAGUGA